AUGAUGAAAUUUACGCGCGAAGAGACCGCGGCAGCUCUUGAUCAGCUGAUCCCACGGCCACCGUUCGAUAAUAUUUGGCAAAUGUCAGAAGCCGAACUUCUAUCUGUUCAAAAAGUUCUUUGCUUGCACGAAUCUUAUGGAUCAUGGGCGCAAAGCCCUCGUCUGUACACAUUGUUGCACAUGCUGCAAUGUGACCAGACAGUUCUCGACCAAUUGCAACGCGCAAACAUCACCGACUUCUGGCUACCCAUUGACGAACCGACACUCGUCAGAUUCGGUGUUAAGAUCAAAAUUGCGGACUUUCUUCGUGUACAACAAUUUGUGCUUUCAGAUCCCAUCUACAUGAGCAACGUAGUGCUGCUGGAAACAUCGCAAGUACAUCGGCACCUACAGUCUGGCGAGGAACAUCUCUUGGACAUGGAGCACAUCAACGAUGGUGCGUCUGCAAGAGUGUUUCGUGUGAAACACAAAGUAUCAGGUAAGAUAUUUGCGUGCAAACGUGCUCCUCGCGGCAUCAUACGAUUUCAACAAGAUCGUCUCCGGCUCUUUGUCCAAGAACUGGAUAUACUACGACGUCUGAACCACCGACACAUUAUUCGGCUCGUUACAAGCUACACUGAUAUGGACACAUUCGCUCUUGUCCUACAUCCUGUAGCCGAUGAAUCUCUCAAAUCUAUGCUCAACCGCCCGCUCUCGGUGGCAGAGCUUUCCAUCUUGCGUCAAUCUUUUGGGUGUUUGAUAUCGGCCUUGGUUUAUCUACACGAAGAGCGACAAGUGCGGCACAAAGACAUCAAACCCGACAACAUAUUGCUGGACCGUGACCGGAUUUACCUUUGCGAUUUUGGGAUAUCUCUUGACUGGUCUGAAAUCGGAGAGGCCACUACCCACGGGAAACCGUUCCAACGAACAAUUGGGUACUGUGCACCUGAGGUAAUCAGUUGGCAAUCACGCAACGAUGCGUCAGACAUAUGGUCAAUGGGCCGGGUAUUCUGCGACAUGAUCACCGUUAUAAGAGGAUGCUCACUUUCAGAGAUGCUGGAGCACAAUGGAGGAGGGUUGUACGGGAUUUAUGAAAACCCCGAAGCUAUGAAAACCUGGCUUCUCGAGCUCAAAGACGAAGACAGCUGCUCUGCUGACAAUUUACCUCUUGCAUGGGCUCAGGAUAUGAUUGCCACUAGACCAGCAAGUAGACCGACAGCUAGCACCAUGGCGGCGAGAAUGCUUGCCGAGACACCCGAUCCUUCUCUCUCCCAUACCUAUGUGGCGCCGUGCUGCCGAGUUCACCUAAAAGAUCUCCCCAGCGCAUCUAGCAGGAGAGUCAUUAUGCCGCGCUGUGCCCUCUCACUCUCAAACGUUGUCACUGUCAUUGACCAAAUGCAUACGAGUGAGAAGCAGUUUUUAUCUGCUCGUCGCGAUGUCUCCAGCCCACGACCAAACAGUCCCGUCAAGUCACCGACUCAACAGAUUGACCCGACGCCGGAUUCUGCCCGCUUGACCAAUCCCCCGUUUACCAAUGACAAAUUACCUCUUGUUCAAAAUCACUCGCCUCAAAAGACUACUACCGCCAACAAGGAAGCUAAUAAGACCGUUGAGAAAGGAUUGAUUAAAAAGUCACUCUGGAGCGAUUUGUAUCGUACAGGCGAUGUUGUGAUCACGCUCUCCGACGGCGACCACUCAGCCUCAGUUUGUAUAUCAUGUUCGGUUGUCGAUGCAGACUAUCUACUGUUGACGUCCUGGUCUUGGGCUUUCGACGGGAAGUUUUAUCGUCGAAUACAGGAGAUAGCACUUCUUUGGCCAUCCAACACGAACACAGUCAAAAUCUCUGAGCUGGGGUGUUACCCUCUCAGGUUGGAUGAAUCGGGGCUUGCAGAGGCGCUGCCACUGCGCGGACGCGUGUUCUGGUCCUGUCGAACGAAGCGUUGUAUUAGCUACCAUCCAGCAUCGGAGGGAGCUGAGCUACACGAUAUGCGAUUACGUUACAUGGUAGAUGUGAAUACAUACUACAGACUACACCCGUCGAAUGUCGAAUCCUCGAAUCACAUCUAUCUCGACAUCGACUUGAAGCAGAACAAUGAACCACCCAAUGGCAUAUUUGCUCUUCUCUACCAGCGAAGAUAA